CGGCACGGUACUGUAGGUUGUAGACUUAACUUUAACCAUGGUAUUGAUUUGGACUCAGUUUGGUUUGAAACACAAAAACCUUAAAUGUAAGGUUCGUGUUAUACACAGAAAUGACAGCUGGAUAAUGGGGCAAGCACGGGUGGUCCCAGAAGUGCACUGUCUGUCCAUCAAGGCCAUGGGGAAAGACUAUUACAAAACGUUGGGCGUCCCAUCUGGCUCCAAUGAGGAUGAGAUUAAGAAGGCUUACAGGAAGAUGGCCCUCAAGUUCCACCCAGACAAAAACAAGGAUGCCAACGCUGAGGAGAAGUUCAAGGAGAUCGCUGAAGCCUACGAAGUGUUGAGCGACCCAAAGAAGAGAACGAUCUAUGACCAGUAUGGAGAGGAAGGUCUCAAAGCUGGAGGGAGUGGACCAACCGGAGGGCAGGGGAACACGUAUCACUACACCUUCCACGGGGACCCCCAUGCUACAUUCGCCUCCUUUUUUGGGGGGUCUAACCCCUUUGACAUCUUCUUCAGUUCGGGACGCACCCGGGGCAACGGCUUUGGUGACCACGAAAUUGACAUUGAAGUAGACGGAGACGAAGACCCUUUCAAUGCUUUUGGCCGGUUCGGCUUUAACGGUGUCAACGGUUUUCACCACGGUGCCGGGCCCGGCAGGCGGCACCACGCAGAGGCCCUUCACGGCCGUCGCAAGCUCCAGGACCCGCCAGUCAUGCACGACCUGCGCGUCUCCCUGGAGGAGAUUUUCCACGGCUGCACCAAGCGCAUGAAGAUCACUCGGCGCCGCCUGAACCCUGACGGCAGGACCCUGCGCACGGAGGACAAGAUCCUCAACAUCGUCAUCAAGAAGGGCUGGAAGGAGGGCACCAAGAUCACCUUCCCCAAAGAGGGCGACGAGACGCCGGAGAACAUCCCUGCCGACAUCGCCUUCAUCCUCAAGGACAAAGGGCACCCACACUUCAAGAGAGACAGUUCCAAUAUCAUCUACAUCGCCAAGAUCAGUCUUAAAGAGGCUUUGUGUGGCUUCACGGUGAACAUUCCCACCCUCGACAACAGAGUGAUUCCCCUUCCGUGCAGUGACGUCAUCAAGCCGGGCGCAGUCAGGAGGCUACGAGGGGAGGGACUGCCGUUCCCCAGGUGCCCCUCGCAGCGAGGAGACUUGGUAGUGGAGUUCCAGGUGCGCUUCCCAGACAGGAUACCCCCACAGUCAAGAGAAAUCAUUAAACAGAACCUGCCCGUGUCUUAGGAUCCUGGGUGAACUGUGGAACUCUGGGAAUCGCAGGGAGGUUUGUUAUUUUUCACAGACACUAAUAUUUAUUCAGAAAGCAAGAAAAAUGGCCACAGAACUGUUGAGUUGAUUCUUUUGGUGUAAAGGUGUUACUUGUGGAUCCAUAGACAUAUCCUGGAAGGACUGGGUGGUUGUGUAAUGCUGUGCUUCUGAGCGUGUUGCUCUUUCCCAGGGCACAAUAUCAGUCCUUUCUUUCUGAAGGACUUGCUACAACUGUUCCUUUCCUCGUGAACCUUUUCUGUGAGAGGGGUUUCGAGGAUAGAUUUUUAUUUCUAUGGGGAAAAAAAAGAGUAUUCUACAAUGAAAGCAAGAUGAAUGUUGCGACAUUUAUGUUGUCUUUGCCGUUUUGUUCUUUUCUCAGCUAAAUGCUGUUUAUGACAUGGGCAAGUGUAUGCCCAUAUGCUUAUUAUACAAAAUAGAUAUUGUGUGGAAAUGUUUUGGGUAACAAAAUCCUGGUCAACUACUGUAUUCAUUUAACUUUCAGGCCCAAAUUAAUGCCAGAAAGGCCUACAAUUAAAAGGUGCUUUGUUCCCUGUGGCAUUGGUGCAUUAAUGAAUGAUAAAAUAGUCUUAACUGCCUUAACGUCCCUUGAUUUUUAAACCAGGUGAAACAUCAGAGAUUUUAGGUGCCUUAUUCUGGCUCACACCAGCAGCCCUCAAUAGGCCUACAAUUGUCAGCCAUCAGGUGCACUUUGCAUUUUAUCAAAUAUAUUAACGGAUGUUUGGGGAAAGCACCACAACAAAACAGAGAAUAAAUAUGUAAGAAGCCAUGCUUCCCAUCUACUACAGCAGGUUAGUGUUUUAUACUAAUCCUAGGGUACCAUCUGUACUUUUUAUUCUCAUGGUGUUCAGUUUUAGGGUGUGGAAAGUUCCAUUUUUCUACCAUCCUCCUGACCUCAAACAGUAUGACGGGGAACAGCAUAAACAAUGCUCAACCUGACUGAUAACAGGCCAUUGUAUCAACAAGGUACAAUCAACAAGUCUAUUUGAAUACUAUUUGAAUACUAAAUAUUUGAAGAAUUUCUUUAGUUAAUUAAAGGCAUGUGUUCUUUUCUUAUAAGACUGCAUGUCUUUUUCUUUACAUGAAAAUUAGUAAUAGUAUAAUAAAGAAAUCUGUUGAUAUGUUCAGCUUUCGCUCAACUGAAAUUCCCUCACAGGUGACAAAAAAGAUGAAGUAAAAGGCACCUUUGAGCAUUGUUUUCCCUCAAUGUUCCCAUCAUGUGCAUUGUGCAUUCAGCAGUGGCAUUGUGUGGGUCUAAAGUACAAAAUGUCUGUUGGCUUUAAUCUUAUUGAAAUGACUGUUGUGUGACUGUUCAAUAAAGGGAACGCCUAGGAGGGACAUCAGCUGCUCUUUUUAAAGUGCAGCUCUGCCAUAAUGUUUGCAGCGCCCAUAAUCUCUGGUUCCCCACCUUUCUGUCAAGCAGGAAGCGACUUGCUCCUUGGAAAAGGCCCUCGCUUUAGCUCUUUGCUUCAGCUCAAUGUGACAAAGGCUUAGUGCGAUAUGUUGUUCAAAUUGUACCAUUUUAAAAAGUCAACAUGUUUGUUUAUACUGUAAUUAACAUUAACUUAAAAUAUCUUUCUUGAUUCAUUUGACAAGUUCUCUUUGUAAAACAAUAUUCCAACUUUUUAUGGAAUGUAUAUCAAAGGUCUUGUAUUACUCUUUCCCAUGGACUAAAAGAAAAAAGCAAAAAAAAAAAAAAAGCAUAUGUAUACAGAACCACAACUUGUAUGUUGAAAACAAUCCGGAGCUUUUUUUGACAUCAUAUAAUAAGCUUUAAAUCAAAGUUGUGAUGGUAUACUCUGGCACAUACUGAAUAUGGGCCCAUGUGUACUUUUGUACAUUAGUUUCAGUAUUAUAUACAAAACAAUUGCACUUUACAAUGAAUCUGUCUUCACCUUUCUUAAGGCUGAUGGGUGUUAAAUGCAGUCAUGGAAUGCAUUGGUUUUCAUAUGCUUUGUAACAUGAAAUAUAGCAGUGGGGGUUUGUAAUUAAAACAUUAAACACAUGAAAACUGUA